AGAGCAGUUUGAGGAUCGGCGCGUUGUUUCCUGUGCUGAUUUCAUGAAGAGGAAGAAAAGCGACUGAGAAUAGCAGCACGCUCGUCCUUCUUUGAAACGGAUUUCUAUCUGCGUCUCCCCUCAAAAUGUGCACUCCUCCGUGUUGUGUCGCGCAGCUGGCCUGCUGUUGCGGCACAGCGGCAUGCUCGUGCUGCUGCAACUGCUGCCCCAAGAUCAAGCAGUCCACCGGGACACGAAUCAUGUACGCCCUCUACUUCCUGCUGGUCACCAUCGUCUGUGUCAUCAUGAUGUCCCCCACUGUGGAGGAACAGUUUCAAAUCCAUAUCCCCCUCUACAAAGAGUUGUGUGAGAAGCUGAAUCCAGUAGAUAAAUGCAAAACUCUGGUUGGCUACACUGCUGUCUACAAGGUGUGCUUUGGCAUGUCCUGCUUCUUCUUAUUCUUCAGUUUCUUCACAUUACGAGUCAACAGCAGCAAUGGCUGCAGGGCGGCUGUGCAUAAUGGUUUCUGGUUGCUGAAGUUUAUUGCUCUGGCAGCGUGCUGCGUUGGAGCCUUCUUCAUCCCACAAGAGGAAAUCUUUCUGGAAGUGUGGCGCUAUGUAGGAACAGCCUGCGCCUCCAUCUUCCUGCUGAUCCAGCUCAUGACCCUGGUGGAGUUUGCCCACAGAUGGAACACUAACUGGAGCUCAGGAGUGAAGUACAGUCGCUUUUGGUACGCAGCUUUGGCCUUUGUGACGCUGACACUGUUCACCUUAGCAGUAGGAGCCGUAGUCUUCAUGGGUGUGUACUACACCCACCCUGAGGCAUGUCUACUCAACAAGAUCUUCCUGGGCAUCAACGGCAGCCUGUGUUUCAUCGUCUCUAUGUUGGCCAUUUCCCCCUGCAUACAGAAACUGCAGCCCACAUCAGGCCUGCUGCAGCCAGGAGUCAUCAGUGUGUACGUCAUGUACCUCACCUUCUCUGCCUUCUCCAGCAAACCAAAAGAAAUGGUGAAGAUAAAUGAUGUGAACACAACAGUGUGUGUUUUUCCCUUCAACUCUGGGCUGGAGAGCGACAAGAAGAUUGUCACCGCUCUGGGAACCGUUAUCCUAUUUGGCUGUAUUCUUUACUCUUGCCUGACAUCCACCACCAGGCGAAGCUCUGCAGCACUCAGAGUGUGCAGGAACAGUGAGCCAGAAACUGAGAGAGCUCGCUGCUGUUUCUGUUUUGGAGAUGACACAGAUGACUAUGAUGAGGAGAGAACUGGCUCCGGCCAGAACGUGGUGUAUGAUGAGAAAGAGGCAACCAUCUACAGCUACUCCUACUUCCAUUUUGUCUUCUUCCUUGGAUCGCUCUACGUCAUGAUGACCAUCACCAACUGGUUUAAUUAUAAAAACCAUGAUAUCGAGAAGUUUUUGGAUGGUAGCUGGGAUGUUUACUGGCUCAAGAUGGCCUGCUGCUGGGUCUGUCUGAUCAUCUACAUGAUGACCCUCAUCGCGCCUAUGAUCUGCCCAAAGCGCUUUGAGGCCUAGGACACUCAUGACUUCACUUGAGUCAGGCCGCUCUGAUUCUUGAGAUGUUACCACCAGGCAGAAGCUCGCACGCUGAGCCAAGGGACCACCACAAACCCCCCCCUUUACGGUGAAACUCAACCCGAGCCUUCCCUCAGCGUUUUGAAAUGGAGGAUUAUCUGUUGCCUUUUGUUUUAUAAGCAUUUUUUUCUAACUUUGAUUUACAAUGUAAGCUUUUAAUACCUUGAUGGCAAUUUGUUGUAUUUUACUACCACUACUCGUUGAGCUCUGUAACACUCGCAGGUUUGGAAUCAUAUGAAGCACCGCAGAGUUGAGUUCCUUUAUUAAAACAUGUGAAGCGUCCGGCACCCGCAUUUUGAAGUACCUUUCGUGUGUAUGUCAGUGUUUAUUUGUUUUCUUUGUUUAUUACUUUUACUCUCAGCCAGACAUGUCACUUCAUUUCUGAACACUUGGACCAUAAAGAUAGAGCAGUUUGGAACAAAUGUAUUUCAGUUCAAUAUAUUGCCAGACAAAUUGUAUUUAUUAAAGUGUUUCUUAAGUCCUCAUAAAUCAAGGUUGAAUGAGAUUUGUUCCCCACUUUGUUUGAAAAACCUCAUCUCUCAGGCUCAGAUGUAAGCUGUACUGUAUAUGUUUAUGCUUUGUUAUGUUGCGCCCUUUUGUAGACGUUUUCUAUGCAACAGAACAAGCUCUUUUCAAUAUUAUAUUAUAUUCAGAGUUGUGCAGUUUCCUGUUAGACCUCAAUGAUUUGGUGUCCCAAGUUUUAUUGUCAGGGCUCCCUUUGAGCAAGAUGUUUUCUGAGAAAAAUCCAUGUGUUCAACAUUUCCAGUCAUAACGGGCAGUGCUCUUUAAGUGAAUCUGCCUUAUGUAAAAGUGACGUUUGUGAAGCGUUGACAAAGAUUGGGAUCGUUUGCCAAAGGUAGAUGUCAGAAAAUAAAAUACUAUAGUAUCAGAUUGUUUAGUCAGUAAACUAUCAACAUUAUGUAUUUGCAUGCACACACAGACUCUUCAAUCAGCUGUUUUCUGUACAGUUCUGGAGGCUUUUUGCCUUGUUUUUGUUACAUGUUAUCUCUCAACGGUGGUCAGAAUAAGGUAGCAUGAGUGUGUUUAUAGUAAGUUAUUCAACACUGGAUGUUGAGUUCACUGCCGAAUAAAACUCACUCGAAGACCUUCACCUGUUUGUUAGAUGUGUAACAUUUUAGUGUUGUGCAAAUGCAAACGUUGCACAUCUGCAACUGCAAGUCGUUUGUUUUCAUCCAUCAUUAAUUAAGAUGUUCUUGUCUGAUGAUAAUGCUAACAUGUUUUAUAAUAGCUUCAUGUACAUUCUGGCUUUAGUCCUGUGAUCAGUGGAGAGGUUGUCCUACUUCUGCAGAUUUUGUUUUAUUUGACUUAAAAUGUGGUCAUAAUUCUGCAUUUGAACUAUUUGUGAGGAAGCAGAAGUUAAAUGGUGCUCUGUAGCUUCGAUACCAAGCUAUGAAAAACAAUCCCAAAAUCAGAUGGCAGGGACUUCCUGUGAGGCUGUGUGACACCAUACCAUGCUGCAACUCUUUUCCACCGUGACGUUUGUUUUUAAGAACAGAGUUGUGGGUGCCAUGAUGUUUACAGUGUUCACACUCUGUCAAUAAAACAUCCACUGAACGCCA